AUGAAGAGAGUGGAAAUAAACAUACAAGGGUUGAUCGAAGUUAUAUGGUCAGGAAAUGGUGAUUUCUGGUCAGACGAUUACCAUGUCACCUAUUCUGGCGAUGAAAAAUUAGGAAGAACUGUGUACUUCGUCAUAUCAGAUGCAGAAAAUGAUGUAGAAGAGAUCUGUUCUGUCUUAGAAGAGCUUUUAAAAUUAGCAAAAGGAGAUGAUAAUUUAAUAAUUAUGGGAGAUUGUAAUGCAAUAGUAGGAAAAGGUGCAAAAGGUCAAGAAGUAGGAGAAUUCGGACUAAGAACUAGAAAUGAAAGAGGAGACCACCUUGGUGACUUCUGCAGGCAAAAUGAUAUGAUCAUAGCCAACACAUUCCAAAAUAUUAUUAACUGGCAAAACACUUAUGUUAUGAUGUGCUAA